AUGGUAAACUUAACUUUAGGUGCCAGUUUUUUGUUUCUAUUAUUCCGUCUUCCAAAUAAUUUGUUUACAUUUUUUUCCUCGGGAACAGGUGACGCCUAUCCGGAACUCAGAUUUCACAACCUGUCACUGGAUGAACUGAGUGCAGAGCUUGAUAGGCGCACCAAGGAAACCCAGAGACUUCAGGAAGAGGUGGAAAAUGCAACCAAACUUACUUUGCAGAGGUUUGGCUGCAUCUACAGCUCACCUGGGCAAAGCUGCCAUAACCACAGCUUUAAUGUCUAUGACUCGGCUAGGGAUUCCUCCAUUCUUUCCACCAACCAGAAUGCCACGGUCUGUGGCCUGGAUGGCUUAAACCAAACAGGGGCCCAAAGAGAUAUCUGUUCUCCCAGAGAAGAGGUGUUUGAAAAUGUAAUAGAUGACUGUCUUCAACAGCUGUCUGACUUACAGCUCAGCAAGACACAGACUCCUGCUCAACCUGAAGAAGAGACCUUCAGUGUGGACGAAUCUAUUGUGAACCUGCAGUCUGAGUUGUAUAAAGUCCAGAUGGAGAAGGACGGCCUGUCUGACCUCAGAUUGAAGGAUUCGAGGACACACGUUGUUCAGAUGGAAAAGAUGCUGCAAAUGUUGGAGGAGCUCCAAAACAUCAAAAAGGCCGGGGACCAGAAGCUGCAGGAGACAGAGGAAGAAACAUUGGUGCUUAACACAAAAGUAGAAACGUUAGAAAUAAAUGUAAGGGAGAUGUACAACACACUGCUAUCUCGCCAGAAACAAAAUGGACAUCAUGUUGUCACCAGUCCUAACAUUUCCACGCCUGGUUCAACACACCUAACACCUGUUACUAAGGGGACAGAGACUUUAAAUGAUGAGAGAGACAAGCUACAUGAAGGACCUUUUUUAUCACACAGAUAUCUGGGGAGUGAAGAAAACAGUGGAGCGAAUAACCAAAAAGAAAGAAUUGAAGAUGUAAUUGCAUCUCUUGGCCAGGAGAUGGGGCUGUUGACUGACAAACUAGGCUCAUCAAAAAAUAACAGCAUCAACCUAAGUGCCAAGUUGGCGCUGCUAAAGAAACUUGCAGAGAGACAGACAUCCCUGCAUCGGUGUCAGCUCAGUGAACUUGAGUCAACCCUCUGCAGCCAUAAAGAUAAGGUGUGUUGUCUGGAACAGCAGCUCUUUCAGGCUCAGUCCCAGCUGGUGGACUCCCAAAGAGAGAGAGCGCGAUCUUUACAACAGACAGAGACGUUUCAGUCCCAGCUCUCCCAACUUAAGGGGUGCAGUGAGAAGCACCAGUAUGAACUCCAGGAGGAGGUAAAGGUCCUGAGAGGACGGCUAGAGGCGGCCAUGGAGCAGCUUAUCAGAGGUGGGGAGGAGAAAACCUGCAUAGAGGCCCUGCUGGAGCAGAGGGCCCAGGAGGGGAGGUUAUACCAGGAACUCCUGGAGAAGAAAACCCAAGAACUCCAUUUCAGGCAGCAAGAAUCCCAGCAGCACCUUGCUAGGUUGGAGGAGGCUCAGCGACAGUGCCAAGUCUUGCGUUCAGAGAGAGAGACCCUGAGGCUGCAGCUUGACAACCAAGAGAGGAAGAUAGACGUUCUGAGGUUGCAGAUGGAGAGCGGUGUCCAGAUGACAGUGCAGAACAGCCGCACCAUUGACAAUCUUUAUCAGGAGAACAGUCUCCUCAGCAACCAGCUCAAUCAGCACAAGGCCGAUAUUCAGCAGAUCAGGGCUGAGCUGGAGCAGAGCAAGUCAGACCUGGCUGCUGCAGAGCAGGAGAGACAGCGGCUACAGGCCUCUGUGGCUGAUCAAACUCAGCGAGUUCAGGAGGAAACUCUGACGAAACAAGAGCUCACCUCCCAGCUGGAGGUCCAGCACAUGCAGUUUCUCACUCUUAAAGAGGAGCAUCAGCAGCUGCAACAGCUCUUCAGCUCUAAGAGUGAGGAGCACAAGGGUGCGGUGCUGAAGCUUCAGAGUCAGCUGAGGAACACCCAUAACGAGCUAGACCAGGUCAAGAGCACCCUGAGGACCCUGGAAGGAGCUGACGGACACGGCCUCCAAGUAGCCAUGGAGAUGCAGAAGAAGAUCACAGACAGGAGAGAGCAGAUCGACUCUCUGCAGGGCAAAAUCCAACACCUAGAGGAGGCCAUGGAGAAGCUGCACCAGGAGAAGCGCCAACAGGGCCUGCAGCACCAGCAUCAGCUCCAGGAGCUAACCUUCAUCAGGGAGGAGAAGAGACAACUCCGCAGUGAGAUGGAGGCUCUUUGCUCUAAAGACAAGCAGUUGAAGGAACGGAUCAGCCAGCUGGAGGCAAUCCUCCACAAGAUGUCAGAGAGCUUUGCAGAUUGUCAAGACUUCAUCCAGCUGCAGGAGCAGGAGUUUUUCCGCCUAAAACUCCAACAUGCUCUGGACCUGAAGGAGCUACAAGGUCAAAAUUUAACAGCUCCAUCCGACCUGAACUCCCCGUCCCCAUCUGCACUCCCCGCCCCACCUUCCUCCCAGCACGCCUCAAACACUCACAUAACGCAGAAGGAGAGCUCUGUCAAGGAGUCGAGGUCUCUCGUCAAAGAGGUCCGAGGUGUGAUUUCGGGAAACCACAGACCACACACAGAAAACACUGUGGCCCGCAGCAGCUUCUUCAGGAGGAGGUCUGCACCAGAGAGAGAGCACCGAGCCACAUCCAGUACCGACAAGAACGAAGAAAUAAAAGCUGCUUCGAGAUGGAGAAGAAAAACCUGUGGCAGCGAGGCACAUGUCCUGAAGACGGCUGAACUGAAUGAGAAUAAGAUCAACAGCAAACCCUUCAUUGAGAGCUGUGCUGUUAUGAGUCCAGCGACUGCAGGGGGGUGCAUUUGCCCCCAACAGGGCCGCAGGUCACCAGUCCACUCUCUCCUGACCUCUGAUCCAAACAGCCAACAGUGACUAACACGACACGACACGGAACAACAGACCAUAGACUGGCUCUUCUUGUCGAAAGCUCCAGGCAAGAUUUUCCCCCCAAAUGCUCCCCAGAUCAGGUUGUCAAAGAAAGGUUCAUUAUACAUCAACAAUCAGGUCUACUAGGUGUUUCAGGUCUUAUUUAUCUAGAAUAAAGUUGUUUUUUUUUCA